AUGCAUGUCUUGCUUAUGGAGAACGCUGCGGAGGGAGGCUCGGAGGCUGGUUGGUCUGGAGCCGGGCCUGAUGGGCCUGGUGCUGGGCCUGAUGGGCCUGGCGCGGGAGGGGAGGAGGUGGUUGGGCCUGGGGCCUGGGAUGGAGCUGUUGUUGGAGUUGGAGAUGAAGGAGCGGGUGUGGGUGUGGGUGUUGCGGGUGCAGGUGCAGCCGCAGGAGGAGGGGUGUUUGCGGUUGGUGAUGGGGCGGGUGCUGACGUGGACGGUGAUGGGGUUGUUGAUGGUGGUUGCGUGGGUGCAGGCCCAGGGGCUUGUGCUACACACGCGGUGGCUAAAAGCCCCAAUAUCAUGAACACUUUAACUGCGGCAAAGGCCAUGCUAAUUAUAAGACAAUGA